AUGUCGCAUAUUGAAGAUCCAAAGCAACUUUCUCUUCGCACGGCACAGUUGUCGAAUAAUGCUCUAGGUAUUAACGCUCCGCCAUCACCAGCAAACAAGUCGGCUUCGGCGGACUCAUCCGUGCACUACACUUGCUUCAUCCGGCUGCCCUUCGCCAGAGGUGACUUUGUAGAUCCGCCACAGGUUGAUUGGAAUUCCACCAAAGAUCGUGCGUUAUGGAAGAUCAUUUCCAAAGCUUCAAACAGCAAGGAGCUGGAUUGGGAAGACUUGUCGGUAUAUCUGUCUGCUCGAUUUGAGGUCUCUCUCGCCUUUCUCCUCCAGCAGGCAGCAUGGCUGUACGAACGACACUUUGCCCAGAUGAAAGCGCAGAUGAAGAAACUCAGUCCUUCGGCUUGUCCAUCACCCAUGCCGCCUGAUUCGACAGGAAAUGUCGCCUUGAACAGCAAUGUAACCGCCUUUCCGGUGGCAAGUCAAGGCCAAAGAGCACCAUCAUCUCUCUCAGCGCACAUGCGAGACAGUCCAACUCCAACCAUGGGCUCAGUAUCCUCAGCAGUAUUCCGUCAACCUCCCACGACUCUCCCUAGCCUCUCCACCACCAACCAACCACAAAAAACAGAAGGAGGACUCUCCCGCACACCCUCCACCAGAACGCUGACCCAGUCCCGCAUCAUCACACCUGUCAGCUCGGCCCAAGCCUCCUCAGCCAGAACCUUCAACACAGCAUUUGGCAACCACCGCAAACCCAUCUCCCCCCAACGCGAAAUCUCCGAACCCGAUUCUGAUGUCUUGCAAGACUCUGAUUCUUCAUCGUCAUCAGAUGGAGAAAGCCAGAGCAUAGCCCGCAGUCAAGCAUUUCGCCGACCUUCUCAUUAUCCAAAAACUGCUAGACAUGGCUACGACGACGACGAUGAAGACGAAGACGCCGAGUCCUCUGGUGGCUUUUUGCCUUUUGCGACCACCGCAACCGGAAGUGCUGAUGGAGCUGCAACGAUCAAAUCGCCGGUGAAAAGGGUGUUUGAGCAACGACCUGCUGCUCCCGAUUCUUCGGCUUCGUCGGCGAGUUCUGCUGCUGCCCCUUCUCAACCAACUACAAAUGUUGGCAAGCAUAGAGAAAGCAACAGGGGAGACUACACCCGAGCUUCUCCAGCUAGCGCGUUGAGUCCUCGUCACCGCUCCGAGCUUUCGAAACUGAGUCCUCGCGUUCGCAAAGACGGCAGUGAAGGUACUCCGAGCAUGGGAAGUUCGUUUAGCGAUCUUGAUGAUGCAAGUAUCUCGCAGUCAGCCAUCGAAGAGGCAUUCAUGAGUCACAUGCAACACGGCUCUGGCUCUACGACAAGCAGAAUGAGUUCCAUCAGCCAGGCCUUGAGGAGCAAGUACCUUUGA